AUACCGGAUCCGAGGGCGACUCCGCCAGCCUGCAAGCCGACUGCUCUUCCGUAAUUAAGGUAUAACGAUAUCUGAAACACGGAAGAGUACUUAGGCUUCCCAUGCCUCUGCGGGGAUUCCAGAAUGAGGCCAAAUAAAUAGUGCCAAGAAAUCUUGGCUGGCUCAAGAGUUCAAUCUAAGGCCACUGGUAUCUUCGACCAGCACCAUGCGCGCACUAGUGAUUGGCGGGACUGGGCGUUGUGGCAGACUUGUCAUUGAUGAGCUGUUGAGGCGAGGUAGGCUUCUACUAUGUUAUACUACCUCAGACACGUUGAUGAAUAUGGCUAACAUACCCAAGGCCACCACCAGGUCACUACCUUAGCGCGAACACCAGAUGCGCUGGGAGAUCCACGACCUAGCCUAAAUGUCAUCCAAGGUUAGUACACAAUGAAUUCUUGCUGCUGCUGCUGCUGCUGCUUGUUGUAAUACGUUCCACGGCUGACAUGUCCCAGG